GCCAUAGAGUACCUCAACCUAUAUCUUAAAAAAGCUAAAGAAGUAGGAGACAAGCAUGAGGAGGGUAACGCUUAUGGCAGUCUUGGCAAUGCUUAUGGCCAUCUGGGUGAUUUCAAAAAAGCCAUAGAGUACCAGAACCUACAUCUUAAAAUAGCUAAAAAAAUAGUAGGAGACAAGCAUGGGGAGGGUGGUGCUUAUGGCAAUCUUGGCAAUGCUUAUUUUAGUCUGGGUGAUUUCAAAAAAAAAUAGCUAAAAGAAGUAGAGUACCACAACCUACAUCUUAAAAUAGCUAAAGAAGUAGGAGACAAGCGUGGGGAGGGGUAAACGCUUAUGGCAAUCUUGGCACUGCUUAUGACAUUCUGGGUGAUUUCAAAAAAGCCAUAGAGUACCACAACCUACAUCUUAAAAUAGCUAAAGAAGUAGGAGACAAGCAUGGGGAGGGUAAAGCUUAUGGCAAUCUUGGCACUGCUUAUCACAUUCUGGGUGAUUUGAAAAAAGCCCUAGAGUACCACAACCUACAUCUUAAAAUAGUUAAAGAAGUAGGGGACAAGCAUGGGGAGGGUAACGCUUAUGGCAAUCUUGGCAAUGCUUAUCACCGUCUGGGUGAUUUCAAAAAAGCCAUAGAGUACCAUAACCUACAUCUUAAAAUAGCUAAAGAAGUAGGAGACAAGCAUGAGGAGGGUAACGCUUAUGGCAGUCUUGGCAAUGCUUAUGGCCAUCUGGGUGAUUUCAAAAAAGCCAUAGAGUACCAGAACCUACAUCUUAAAAUAGCUAAAGAAGUAGGAGACAAGCAUGGGGAGGGUGGUGCUUAUGGCAAUCUUGGCAAUGCUUAUUUUAGUCUGGGUGAUUUCAAAAAAGCCAUAGAGUACCACAACCUACAUCUUAAAAUAGCUAAAGAAGUAGGAGUCAAGCGUGGGGAGGGUAACGCUUAUGGCAAUCUUGGCACUGCUUAUGACAUUCUGGGUGAUUUCAAAAAAGCCAUAGAGUACCACAACCUACAUCUUAAAAUAGCUAAAGAAGUAGGAGACAAGCGUGGGGAGGGUAACGCUUAUGGCAAUCUUGGCAAUGCUUAUGGCCGUCUGGGUGAUUUCAAAAAAGCCAUAGAGUACCACAACCUACAUCUUAAAAUAGCUAAAGAAGUAGGAGACAAGCAUGGGGAGGGUGUUGCUCAUGGCAAUCUUGGCAAUGCUUAUUUUAGUCUGGGUGAUUUCAAAAAAGCCAUAGAGUACCACAACCUACAUCUUAAAAUAGUUAAAGAAGUAGGAGACAAGCGUGGGGAGGGUGAUGCUUAUGGAAAUCUUGGCAAUGCUUAUGACAUUCUGGGUGAUUUCAAAAAAACCCUAGAGUACCUCAGCCUACAUCUUAAAAUAGCUAAAGAAGUAGGAGACAAGCGCGGGGAGGGUAACGCUUAUGGCAAUCUUGGCAAUAUGUAUCGAACUCUGGGAUAUUUGAUAAAGGCCAACAAUUAUUACCAGCUAAUGCUUAAAAUUGCGAAAGAAGUAGGAGACAAGCGCGGGGAGGGUAACGCUUAUGGCAAUCUUGGCAAUAUGUAUCGAACUCUGGGAUAUUUGAUAAAGGCCAACAAUUAUUACCAGCUAAUGCUUAAAAUUGCUAAAGAAGUAGGAGACAAAUCCUUAGAGGCCAAGGCCUACUAUUCAGUAGGAUGUGUUUUUGAGUCGCUUGGUAGACUGCCUAAAGCUGUUGUUUAUUAUCAAGCUAGCAUAAACUUAUACAAUUCCUUAAGAGUACUUCUAAAAUCUAAAGAUGAGUGGAAAGUUCAUUUUCGAAAUCAGUAUCAGAUGGCGUAUACGGAUUUGUGCAGAGUUCUUGUAGAACAAGGUAAUAUAGAUCAAGCCUUACUUGCUGCUGAGCAAGGACGAGCUCAAGCUCUGACCGACCUUAUGGAAUCCAGUUUUUGUGGUGGAGCAAGUCAGCACAGAGGCGAUGAAGAUUUAGCAGUUUAUGAAAACGUUCCAUCAAACACCGUCUUUCAGGCAGUGGACAAAGCUGACGUCAAUCUUUGGGUUGUGUCCGAAGGAAAACAAGUUCAGUUAAGGCAAAGUAAACUUAAUAAUUCUGUUUCAGGGAAAAAAGAAGCUAGCCAGUCCCUCGAGGCGUUCGUGCUCGGUGCUUGCGAGAAUCCAUCUUUGGAUGCUUUGAGUACUUUGUAUGAUAUCGUUAUGAAGCCGGUGGCUGACCUGGUUCAAGGGGAUGAGCUAGUCAUUAUUCCCGAUGGACCCCUGUGGCUCGCUCCUUACGCUGCAUUGAAGGAUGGUAAUUCUAAAUACCUGUGUGAAUCGUUCAGAAUCCGACUCGCUCCAUCGUUAGCAAGUCUUAGACUCAUUGCCCAUUGUCCAGAUGAUUAUCACAAAAGCAGUGGUGCGUUUCUUGUAGGAGAUCCGUGGGUAUCCGAGGUUACUAACAGCGAGGGAGAGAAAGUCCUCGAGCAGAUUCUGUGUGCUAAAGAAGAAGUAGAAAUGAUCGGAAAAAUUCUGAAUAUCACGCCAAUCACUGGCAGACAGGCCACGAAGCGUGAGGUGUUGAAAAGACUCGGUUCCGUUUCCUUAAUUCACUUUGCGGCACACGGAAGCAAGGAAAAUGGCGAAAUUGCUCUUACACCUGAUCUAGACCGAAUAUCUUCUGUGCCGACGGAGGAGGAUUACAUUUUAACAAUUGGAGAUGUGUUGAAUGCUCAAAUUCGCGCCAAACUUGUUGUGCUUAGUUGCAACUACAGUGGUCACGGCGAGAUCAAGGCUGAAGGUGUGGUUGGUAUCGCGCGCGCUUUUAUGGGGGCUGGUGCUCGGUCUGUUUUGGUGUCCCUGUGGGCGAUUGAUGACGAGGCUACUCUCGAGUUCAUGAAAAGCUUUUAUCAACACCUUGUAGAAGGUAAACCUGCAAGCGAGUCACUGAACCUGGCCAUGAAAAGUCUCAGAGAAUCAGAUGAGUUCCACGACUUCAGAUACUGGGCGCCCUUUUCGCUGAUUGGAGAUGACAUCACUCUUGACUUCAAUGCAAAGGAAAGAGAAAAUUAA